AUGGCCGCGGCACAGGCUUUGCGCGCGUGCCCGCGGCGCGUCCUCCAGCGGACAUGCAGCAGGGCCAGCACGUGCGCUCCCGCGUCUCUCUCCCGCCACUAUUCCACAUCAUCUACAUCCACCUCUCCCCCCCUUUCAUCGCCAGGCGCCCACGCGCAGCGCCGCUUCCCCGCGUGGUUCGUCCGCGGCGGCACCUCCAACGGGCUCGUCAUCCGGCGCGACGCCCUGCCCGCGCACGAGCACCGCUGGCCCUCGGUCCUCGCCCCGGCCAUGGGCGCCCCGGACCCGCUCUUCGCCCGGCAGCUCGACGGCAUGGGCUCCGGCCUGUCCUCCACGUCCAAGGUCGUCGUGCUGUCUCCGCCCUCGCGCCCUGACGUCCACGUCGACUACACGUUCGUCCAGGUGGGUAUCCGCGACGGCGCCCUUGACCUCGCUGGCAACUGCGGCAACAUGUCCUCGAUCGUUGGCCCCGCGGCGUGGGACCAGGGGCUCAUCCCGGAGGGCCUUGCCGCUGAUGUUGAGCGCGAUGAGCGCGGCGAUGCGUGGGCCUGUGUGCGCAUAUUCAACACGAAUACCAGCAAGGUCAUCGUCUCGCGCUUCAAGGUCGCAGGCCAGCCGCUCGCAUACUGCCCGGACGGGGACUACACCAUGGACGGCGUGCCCGGCACCCACUCGCUCAUUAACAUGAGCUUCGAGGACCCCGCCGGCGCAAAGACGGGCAAGGCCCUGCCCACGGGCUCGCCCACCGACGAGCUGCGCUUACCAGACGGAACGCCCGUCACGGCAUCCCUCGUCGAUGUCGGCAACCCAGGCGUCUUCGUCUCCACACGCGACCCAGGCCUGGGGCUAGACGCUGCGCAAGCCUCCUCCCUGACACCCGCCGCCAUCGAGGCCGACGCGCAGCUCAAGACCCGCCUGGAGCAGAUCCGCUGCGCGGGCGCCUCCCGCAUGGGGCUGGACCCCGACACCGAGAGCGUGCCCAAGAUCGUGCUGCUGUUUCCCCGCGCCGAGACGCCGUCGGGCGUGGACAUGCGCUGCCUCGCCAUGUCCAUGGGCCAGGCGCACAAGGCCAUGCCGCUGACGCUGGCGCUGUGCCUCGGCGCGUCCGCCCGCACGCCGGGCACCCUGGCGGCUGGCCUGCUCGCCGAGGCGGGCAACGACGUGGCGACGGAUGCGCACGGGGAUGUGACGCUCACGUUGGGGCAUCCGAGUGGCAAGCUGGAUGUUGGGACGGUGAUCCGCGACGGGAAGAUUGAGUCGGCAAAGUUGCUGCGGACAGCGAGGGUCCUCAUGAAGGGAGACGUGUACUAUUAG